AAGCACCCAUAAAAUUUUCUAGUGAAUCAUCAUUUGACCCUGCUUCCUUUAAGCUUUCUCUGUAGAUCUUUCAAUUUUCAUUUCAUUACAGUUGCUCAUUGUUUACUAAUUAUUCUAGUAAAGAAAGAGUAAAAAAACAAUCAGAUUCAUUCAAAGGGAGUUACCACCGACAACAUCUCGGAUUCCACCGUUGCAUUCUUGCUCACGUGUUUUUUUUCUUAGAUCUAAAGUCUCCUUUCUUGGGUGAGGUAUAAUUGAUCAUUGAAAACAAGAAACAAAGAUUAUAUAUGGAGCAACAAGAUGAAGGAAAUAACAAUAAUGGAAAUGGAGGGAUGUUUGUCAAAGUAAUGACAGAUGAACAAAUGGAAGUCUUGAGGAAACAAAUUGCUAUUUAUGCUACUAUUUGUGAACAGCUUGUUGAUUUACAUAAAUCACUUACAUCCCAUCAUGAUCUUGCUGGAGUUAGACUUGGGAACUUAUACAGUGACCCGUUGGUCACAUCUGGUGGACAUAAGUUUUCUGGCCGACAGCGAUGGACCCCGACACCAGUUCAGCUUCAGAUUCUUGAGCGGCUUUUUGAGCAGGGAAAUGGGACUCCAAGCAAACAGAAAAUAAAAGAAAUCACAUCGGAAUUAUUACAGCAUGGCCAGAUUUCUGAAACAAAUGUUUAUAACUGGUUCCAAAAUAGGCGGGCUCGAUCAAAGAGGAAGCAACAAGUAUCUGCACCUAAUAAUGGUGAAUCUGAAGUGGAAACUGAGGUUGAGUCACCCAAACCGCAGCAGAAUUCAGCAUCAACAGCUGAUGAUAAUAUGUGUUUCCAGAAUACAAAUGUAAGUUCUGGUAUAAAUUCAGUGGAUCAACGAGCCAAGAAAGUGGAGCCCCUUUUUCCUUCUGAUGCCAGUUCAAAGCCUUCUGGCAAUGUCGGCCAGAUGUCAUAUUAUGGGAGUAUGUUAGCUAAUCCAAAUGGUGCAUCCAUUAAUGCAGGAAUGGACCGUAUAAUUGGAAAGAUGGAAGUUCCAGGGAGUUACCAGCCAUAUAUGCAGGGUGACGAGUACAACAUGACAGGCUGAGCGUUAAAUGAUGAGCAAGAAGUGAUUCAAGUCUAGUCAUAGAUUUCGUAUUGAUUCCACUUCGUUAACAACUUAUGUACAGAUAUGCUAAAAUUGCUGAUUUUGCAAGUCGAUCAUGGAGCGUUAUUAAACUGUUUAUUGUUCUUGGCUUGUAAUUUGUGGAUGAUAUAUAUAGUAGGCGUUUUUUU